AUGUCAAAAUUGUCCAAUGUCCAAUAUUAUGCGGCAUCUCUGCACUUGGAGCUUGUACGUGUAAUGUUUACCUCCAAUAUUUUGACUAAUUACGGAUUGUUUACAAGUGGUACUGAAUUAGAUAUACUGUAUAUGGGAAGGAAAAUCAGGAAUUGUUCUCAUAUGCGAUUUCCAUCGUGCCUUGCUUGGGCAAUUACGAUUCACAAAUCGCAAGGUUUAACAUUACCACAAACAGUAUUAGACAUUGGAAAUAAGGAAUUCGUUAUAGGUCUUACGUUCGCAACUGUAUCAGGAGUCCGUGCUCUUUCUGAGCUUCUUUUUAAUAGUACUUUCUCUUAUAAUAGAUUACAAAAAUUGGAGACAAGUACACGUUUGUAG